GGUAAUAAAUAUGGGUCUGUAGCGCUUCCUUGGGAGUCGGAGGACGAGAUUGUCUGCAGCUGCCAACAGCCACUCUGAGUCCUUCAGCACAGCUGAGAGGCACAGCAACCAUGAGCGCACCCAUAGAGAAAUCCUUGGAGAACAGGCUCCAACAGCUAAAAUGCCAUUUCACCUGGAACUUGAAAGAGAAAGAGGAGACCGUGGAUGAGUUUGAUAACAGGUUGCUUAACAAGGUUGAAUUUCAGAACAGUGAGCGUAACGCCACGAAGUACAACAUCAAGGCCUAUGUCAAGCACCUCAGAGGUGAAAACGAGGCAGCGCUGAAGAGUUUAGAGGACGCUGAAUGUUUCAUCCAGCAACAGCAUCCUGACCAAGUAGAAACCAGAAGUCUGGUCACCUGGGGGAACUACGCUUGGGUUUACUAUCACAUGGGCCAACUCUCAAAAGCACAGGCUUAUCUUGACAAGGUGAGAGGGGUCUGUGAGAAGUUGUCCAGUCCCUACAGAAUCGAGAGUCCUGAGCUUGACUGUGAGGAAGGGUGGGCCCUAUUAAAGUGCACCAAGAACCAAAAUGAGAGAGGGAAGGUGUGUUUUGAGAAGGCUCUGGAAAAGGACCCGAAGAACCCAGAAUUCACCUCUGGAUGGGCCAUUGCAAGCUACCGUCUGGACUACUGGCCAGCAUGGCAGGACUCUAUUGGUUCCCUGAAACAGGCUAUUAGAUUAUCUCCUGACCACCCUUAUCUUAAGGUCCUCAUGGCACUGAAGCUUGAGAGAAUGCAUGAAAACCAAGGACAGAAACUAGUUAAAGAAGCCUUAAGGAAAUCCCCAUGUGCAACAGAUGUGCUGCUCAGUGCAGCCAAGUUUUAUUACAAGACACAUGACAUGGACAGAGCUAUAAAGCUACUUAAUAAGGCUUUAGUCAAUCGGCCAUACAAUGCCUAUGUGAAUUACUAUAUUGGGUGCUGCUACAGGUCAAAAGUCAAGAAAAGAGAUCAUAGAAGAGAAACUGUAUUGAGUAAGAAUCAAAAGACGUUUCUAACACACGAGGCAAUUAAACACUUAAGGAAAGCAGAGGAGAACAAGGAGAUGCUGAAACGAUCCUGUAGCUACCUAGCUGGACUUUAUGCCAUGGCAAACCGGUAUGAAGAAGCUGAUUAUUACUACCAGAAAGAAUUCAAGAAUGUUCUCUCACCAGGCCUUAAGCAGUUGCUCCACCUACAGUAUGGCAAUUUCCAGUUGUUUCAAAUGAAGUGUGAAGACAAGGCCAUCCACCAUUUUAUGGAGGGUGUGAAAAUAAGGGUGGAGACAGAUACUAAAGAACAGAUGAUAAAUAAACUUCACAUAAUUGCCCUAAAUCGACUUUCUGAAAAUGAAUUUGACUCUGAGGCCUUGUAUAUCUUGGUGUUUCUUCGGGAGUUGAAUGAAGAAGACCAGCAAGCGGCUAAAGAAGCUGAGAGAGUGCUGGAUGCUGAGAAGGCUGCUCCUUCAGCAUCUUUGCAUGAGGAUGGGGACCAGUAGGGGGUGACACGGUGCCCACAGUGCUACUGCUGGCAGGAAACUGAAACCCUUACCAGUGGCCAUUCAAUGUAUUUAGCAACUUCAUGGACAGGAACCCUUCUAUCAAAUGUUAGCACCUGAAUUGCUGGAUCUGGGAGAGCUUUGAGAGAGGAACCAGUUGAAGCCAUAGACACAAGAGCCUGGCAAACAACCUAGAUCGCUUUUUAUUUCUUAGAAAUAGUUUCCAUGGGGGCUGGAGAGAUGGCUCAGUGGUUAAGAGCAUUGCCUGCUCUUCCAAAGGUCCUGAGUUCAAUUCCCAGC